AUCAACAAAUAUUAGAAAUGAAAGGUGUAUUUCUUUUUCUGUUUCUAAACUGCAUACAACAUAGUUUGACAUCAAAUAUAACAAAUGGAAAUGCAUCGCACACGGGAGACGCUUUUGAACGUAUAGAUGGAGGGCUGCUCAAAAGUGUUUUUGACAGAUUAUCUCACCUGGAGGAAAAAGUGAUCCGUCUUGAGGAUGACAACUCAAUGCUGAAAAAGACCCUGGCUAACCUCGUGAUGCCACCAGAGGAUUCAGGGUCGGCGUCAGCAUUUGUGCCCGAGUCGACGGCAUUCUAUGCAUACAUGAGUGCAACCGUGAAUAACAUUAACGCCCAUGAGAUCAUCUUGUUCGACGUUGAGGUGACGGACACAAUGAGCAACUACAAUCCAAAGGACGGGAUGUUCACGGCCUCUGUUGGCGGUGUUUACGUCUUCACGAUUACAAUCCACUCAUUCACCAAUUCUUUCAUCAACGCCGAGAUAAUUGUCAACGGUGACGUCAAGGGUGUUGCGAACGCGGACUCCGAAGAGAUCAGCGACAUUCACUCUUCCAGCGCUACGUGCGUCGUUCAGAUGGCCGCUGGGGAACAUGCAUUCGUUCGUCGGGGGAUAAACAGUCGGAGUGUAAUUGUUAGUGUCGACGGAUGGGGACGCUCCACGUUUUCCGGUUGGUUGCUCAACUAGGAGCAAUGCAAUCUGUUAACUGAUUCCUACUAAAACAUCUUCAAACUUGCUGUUGGUAGCUAAAUUGCAUUGAUUCCAACUUAUUGGCAUUACCUAAAUACUGUUAUUCAUAAAAGAGCUGUGCACAUUUUAUUAACCAAGCCGUUAACAACAGCAUACAAUGGUCAGGAACCGAAUAAUGUUUCAUGUACCUUUGAAAGAUUUUGCUUUUUUUACACAAAAUACGCUAUAAAGUGAUAUGAUCGAUAAUUAGAAG